GAAACGUCAUUGUCAUAGUCGCUACAUGUUUUUCUCGUUUCCCAAACGCGAUUUGCAUUUAUUGUAAUUUGUGUAAUUUUCUUCCCUUCAAUUGUGCCAAGUUUCUCCAAUUCAAGAAGUUCCAGCUUAUUCUGCACAGUGUGAAAAAUUCAAGUUAGUAGCAUGGUUCGCGAAUAUCAGAGGAAAAAUGAGGUCCUUGACCCCAGGAAACUAAAGAGUGCCCUGCGUGUGGUAAAGAGUGGUAUUUCCGUGAGAUCAACUGCAAAAUCUUUUGGAAUCAAUCAUCAAACCCUGCGGCGUUACUGGAAGGCCUGGAAGGCAUCAGAAGGAGAAUUGGGAUCAUCGGCAACACCUGUGGAAGCUGUGAAAUCUGGUCGAGCAACGUGGUUCAGUGAAGAUGAGGAAGAUGCUUUGAAAAAUUUUUUGCUAAAUUAUCCUGAUGAUCCUGAUGGCUUCGUUUUAACUGUGAAAUAUGUUAGAAGUUUGGCCUUUUAUUUUGCUCAAGAACUAGGGAUCUCUACUCCUCCUUGGGAUAAAAAACAAAUGGCUGGUAUUGACUGGUUCUAUGGAUUUCGUAAACGACAUCCGGAUUUGGCCACAAGGAUGCCAGAAACUUUUGCCACUUUUGCCAUCAACAAGUUUUGUGAAAAACCUGGAAAAUCUGAAAUGUCCUCCGACCAGGAGCCCGAAUCUAUCCUCAUUAUAUCCGAUGACAGUGAUUCCAAUGAAGGCAAGACAAGCGAAACGCCGCCGGCCGAGGAGACUCUGCCCCAGAGACGAACAAGGCUGUCCAAGCAACAAGUAGCGGAGAUUCGACGCAAUAACUUGUCCAGAAAGAGCACAGCAAGGGGCUCAGUGUCGCCGGCUGCACAAAAUCCAACACAAAGUCAGCAGGCCAUGAAGCGUCUCCGGAAACUUAUGGCAGACACGAAGUUCAUGAAGGACUUCAAUCCCGAGACAUCGAAGCGAGAGAAAAACAAACUGAAAAAGUUCCCGUGGGAACAUGCAGUGGAAAGGAGCAAGACCUACGACACUCGCAGUUCCAGCUCCGAGAAUGGUGGGCAGGAUUUGUGCGAUUGUCUGCGACUUACCUGCUGUGGAUGCUUCUUUCCAUGUCCCAAAUGCAGCAGCCCCAAGUGCGGAACGAAAUGCCGGGUUAUGAGGAAGUGGAUGUACGAGAGUGUGGUAUUUGACGGAGCCGACGAGAGUCUGAGGAAUCCCCUGCUCUACAAGGUCAGAACUGAUUGAAGUUGCUUUGGUUUUUUGUUUUUUCAUACUAGAAUUUUUAUUAUAAACUGCCCCAAAUCCCCAAAAAAACCUGCUACGGAGGAGUCUCAAUUUUCCAUGACUGUUGGUGAAGCCUCAUUGAGCCAGUCACUGAUUUCCACGUCUUUCCGGGAAUCUUCCUGAAUUUCCACACUUCCCUCUUGAAUCAUCCUAGCGAUCCUCUCAAAGAGGUUAUUCAAUUGUCGCUUCAGACGCUCCAAGUCAAAAGGGUUAGUGACCAGGAAAGAAUAAUUUUCCUCAAAAUCCAUUCCCUUGUUCUUGCUCAAAGCUCCCACAUGGCUUAUCAAGUCCACAGAAGCAGCAAUAGACUCCUCCCAAGUCUGAAAUGUAGCAUAAAAUCCCUUAAUCUUAAAAUAUCAUCACGAUUAUAGAACCGAAUAUCUUUCGGAAUCAUUCGUAAAUGUCACAGUCACUGUCAAAGUAUUUGAAUUCAAAUUUAACGUCCCCAUAUUGUGUGUCAACUGUUUAUAAAAUAACUACAUAAAGAUGGAUUUUCAUUGAAAGAAAAUCUAGGACUAAAAUAAUUUAUUGAUAUUGUAGAUUUGUUAAAUUUUUUAGCUAAGAAGGGAGAUUGUAAAUAAAUAAUAAUAUGUCGAGAAUAAAUCAGUUUCAUCACAGAA